UAUGUUAUGUUUUUUAACGACAUAUAAAAUAGCAUAUAAAUAACAUAUAAAAGUGAGACGACAGUGGAAAUGACGAAGCAAAUUUUACUAGAAUCUAUUUUGUUAAUUUGGGAAAGACGGACGACUGUGACGUCGCACUAAAAAAAGGCAACGAAAAGGAGUUUGGCGCAGGCGCAAUGGCCACUAUCGGCCUUCUUCAAGAUGGCGGGGCUUUCAAAACUUGUGUACCUUGAUUGCAAUGUCGGACUUUGUUUUCUUUCAACUUAAGAAUCCACUCCUGAAUGUUCGAUGUCAUGAAGGGACACCGUGGAACAACAGGCUCGCUUUUCGAACAAGCUCCAAAGACCAAAACGAACCGCCUGAGCAGAACGUUGCGACAGACUCAGCAGACAUCGACAGAGUUGGACUCUCCAAAGGCCGGAUCAGCAGGUCCAGAGUUUCUGGUACUUUAAGCAGCGAGUCUUCAUACGACUCUGAUGUCCAUCAUGACAUAAUCUGGGACGCCACGUCACCUUCGCCUCAGAGACUUGGCAAACGAGCAAAGAAACACGGCGCAGGAGUCGUCAGCAUCUCUGACAUCGUCAACAGGAUCGCCCCCAAGGUCUGUGACAUCUCCCCUUUACACACUGCUGCCAUUUUGUUGGCGUGUUUGGUGGUUUCAUGUCACAAGUCUUCACUGCAGCACGGCAGGCCGGAGGUCGCUGAGCCAACCUUGCAGCAGUGGAUCGGCGACAGUGCCGCCAUCCCGUGCACGCCGGACAUUCAGCCUCCAAAAAACAGGAGGAAAUCACCAAGGUCUAAUGGCGUAGACGACCUGCUGAAGCUGGCCAAGCAGUUUGACCUCAACUUGUUUCAUCAUGACGACGACAAGGAGAAGGAGGAGGAGGAGAUGAACCAGAACCAGAACCAGAAGACCAUGCAGCUGCUGUCAGAACAUGAGUCCAACUCAGAGGACCACCUUCAGAACCACAUGUCCUCUCUGUGUCCCAUCCAGAAGGCAGGAGUGGAGUUAGGGCAUCAUACAGACCUGGACUUCCUGUUUGAUGAACCCACUCAGCACACCAGCCGGGUUCUGAGUUCAUUUGGGUCGAUUCACACUACUGAAAAAUUUCCUGUGACGCCUCGACGUGUCUCCCCUUCUGCUGUGGACGACUGGGAGGACGAUGACCUGCUCAACGACUCCUUACUGGUUGAGAUGACUCAAAACCCAGAGAGCUUUAGUGUUCCAAAGCACUGCUCCACCCAGAAGGCCUCCUGCCAGGUGGGAGCACUGCAGCCUCUUCCAGUCAUCUGCCAAUCAGAGGGGAGAAGAACUUUUAAACUGGGAAGCACUUCAGAUUUUCCCACAAACUUCCCCUCUUUUCAACAUUUGAGCUCCAAAGCAGCAGGAAGGGAUGUGUCAAACAAGUCACAUUGUCCAAGCUAUCCUGCAACAUGCAACACAUCUGUUUCCACAGCAUCAAAGAAACACUCCUCACCGGUCCCCUCCCACUCUGACUUCCUCGAGGACGAAUUGGACUCCAUCUUCUCAUCUGAGCUAGUUUGGGAUGACCCGGCAGAUGACGAGCUGCUGUGUGAGUUGUGUGAGGAUGUGGAGAACCAGAUCAAGAGGUUCUCCCAGAACAGUCGCCCGCCCAGUCAAAGUAGCCACAGAGACCCCCUAAAGCCGACCAGUAGGAUCUGGGAGCCCCAGAACCAGAAAGCUUCCAAUCACGUGCCUGGAAUCUGUGGCUCCACCCCUCCAGCAACAGCAAAUGGUCAAGUGAAAGAUUACUCUGGAAGCUCUCAGGCCACCAGCAGCUCCAUGCUAAGCCAGGUGAUCACCAUGACGACAGCAUCAGCACUGACUUUGCCCCGACAUGGAGGACCUGCCCAUCAGUUUUCCUUUAAGAGGCCCAGCAACCCCGUUUCCAUGGUGACCAACAAAGUUGCUGCUGAAUGUUCGGCAGCUGAGAUCGAGCUGAAGAAGCAGCAAGCCUUGGAGCGGCGCCGACGUCGCCUGCAGGAGGUCCGUGACCUCAAAGAGCCCAGGAAGGGAGUCACAUGGCCUGUAUGAAGGCUUACCUGCCCUUUUUAUUUCCUUUUUAAAUCUCUUCCAACAUGAACACUACCUGUACGUUGUCAUCUUUUAUUCUGGUUAUAUGAACAGUUGAAGUAAAAAAAACUGCCUUAAAGAC